CCAAGAUAAAAUUUGGUGGGGGUGGGAAGCAGAAGCGGAGGACAUCAAAUAAAGAGCUUGACAGCCCGGGUCCUUGAGGGAAGAAGGGUAUGCGCAGGCCUCGUAAUCCGAAACCAUCUCGCCUGGAGUCGUCUCCCAAGGCGGCUGGGGUGCAAGCUAAAAUAAUGGAGUUGUCCCGGCGUCUUCGGCUCAUCAUGGAGGAAGACUCUGACAAUGACAUGGGAGUUCCUUCCCUGCCGAGAGAUCAUGGGACUCCGCACUGCCCGCCGGGUGACCUGGUGCCUCUAACGAGCUUGGAAAAGGCAGGCAAGGGCUUGGCUCCGAUGCUCGGAGGAUUCGGGGAUGGAUGAUGACAAUCAAUGUUUUGAAAUAAA